AUGUCUCCCAAAGGUCCUUACAAAUUGGUGACGGUGAACACUGCUCCCGAACGAGCAAAGAGACUGGUUGGACGCGUUGUCGACGCCGUGAAGGAGCAAUAUACAAUCCAGCAUGUGGCAAAUUGUGAGAGUCAGUACACCCCUGUCACCAAAUCCAUGUUGCUAAGAUUGCGCUUCCACUUCUCGAAUACAAAAGAGCUCCGACUGACGACCGUAGCGAUUGACGAGGUAGAAGGCAAAGUUAAGGAAUUGCAGCCCGAUAUCUUGUUCUGUGCCUCCAUGUGGACACCAGAAGAAAGCACGCGUAUACAGCAGAUUGCUAGAGAUAAUCGACCAGGAAUCAAGACACAUGCGAUCCCUCAGGGGUUGCAAGUAGAGAAGGGCCCUGAUGCGGUAGUUGAAUAUUUGCAAGAACGGAUUCCGGACAUUUUGGCAUGA